AUGGCGACAAACACACUCACACUCUUCUGUCUCAUCAGCGGCGAGCCGGCGUCGGGUGCAUUCUCGGUCAAGGUGAAUCCAACUGCCACUGUCGACGACCUCAAGGACGCAAUCAAGUCCAAACAAGCACCCGCUUUCGACGACAUCACCGCCAACAACUUGGUGCUCUGGCGCGUCUCCAUUCCUGACGACGACGACGACGUUCCUAUUCUGCUCGACUCUGUGACUGAAAAGGAGAAACUCAAGGCAACAUAUGAAAUCUCUGAGUUCUUCAAAAAGAAGACGCUGUCGAAGAAAUCAAUCCACAUCAUUAUCGAGCGAUCCAAAGGCACGCCACACACUCUCGAGUUGGAGGCUCUUCGUCAAGAGAUCGAGGACCUGCGUGGGGGCAAGAGCAUCGUUGUAUUGAACGUCGUCUUGCGGCCGAACCGCAGCGAGUGUUUCUCCUGGACGACAGACACUGAGACAACGAGCAUUAAGGAGCUGGAGAGGGCCAUCUACGAUGAAUAUCCCGACCGAGAGGACGGCGACGCCGUGUUGGCAAUCAUUCAUGCACGCGGGACUCCUCAACAUGAAGGCGGAGGGACUGAGCACCCCAGUAACGACACACGAUUUAGAAAUAUCAUCAAGCAGUACUCGAAGACGAACACGAAGACACUAACAGUGGCUCUGGAGACCCCGACCAAGAAGUACACGGAUUUCACAUUCAAGGAGGUCAACAGCCUGUAUGAGAUAUCGAACAUGGAAACACCCACCAUGUCUGACUUACCGCCCUUCACCGGCAUCUCGACGGAGCCACUUGACUCGAACUUACAUAAGGAGUCGCUACGGAGACUGCUUGACGAGCUUGACUCCAGGAUACGGGCCGUCCCCUUAGAUACAGCCAACGAAGCCACAUGCUCUGCCUAUGUAGCUUCGUUCCUCACACAGGCCGUCCUGAUCUUCAAUGGCGAGCUGACACUCGCACCUGAGAGACCGCUUCGAGGCAGGCACGGGCAUGGCAAGGUCGACUAUGCUAUCGAGGCUCUUGCAAACGACGGUUCGAGACACAUACUGGGCGUGACAGAGGUCAAGCAUGAGGACUACCGCAAGGGUUUGGCACAGAACCUUGUUCAGCUGGAGUCAUCGUUGACGGUGAGAAAGCGCAAGCGCAGCAGCGACGACAAUGGAGAUGAAGAGCGAGAAGAGGACAGUUCCGUCCCUUUGAGAGCGUAUGGCAUUGUCACUGAUGCCAUCAACUGGUACUUCGUGGAAUGCUCCAUCGACCAGUCACAAGAGUCUGGAGACCGGCCCAAGUUCAGGAUAUCGAAGCUGAAGGACAUCAUCAACUAUGACAAGGACACCUGGAGAGUCGAAGCCGAGUCUGUGCUGGGCCAGAUUGUGUGGCUCAUGAGGAAGAUGCACUCGGAGAUCCCAGGACGCGAGCUCCAGCUCAAGAAGCAGAAGUUCUUCACAUCUGAGCAGUCGUCUCAUUCAACAGGCAAGAUGCAGCGCGUCUAG